CCAUUUAAAUCGCUGUAUACAUAUACUGUAAGACAAGACUUGGCACACAAUUCAUUGCAUUAGAGGAUUUAUUUUCUGAAACCCGAAAAAAGUCCUUACCAACUGGAGACAUGCGCGCGCAGGUUGUCAUCUGCCUGGUAUUGUUUGUACCGGAAGUCUUUUUAGCGGCACCCGAUGGAUGCACCAACAAUCGAGGUAUGUACGAAUGCGACUACCUGACGGUCAAUCCCCCGCUGUCUUCCAGCGACUUUACCGACCCGCCUGCGCAGCGCAUUCGCAUCUACAAUGUGAACGCUGACCUGACUUCCGGUUACUUCGAAUCGGAUUUCGAUAACCUUGACACCAGCUCGACCUUUGACCCCAAUUUUGCCGCCACCCUGGAGAUCAAAUGCAAAAGCGGGGCGGGAGCCGUGUCGGUGGCCAAGGACUUCUUCUCGUACAUGAGCUACGUGUACGAGGUGAAAAUCAUCAACUGCAAGCUAGCCAUUCAGGACAGUGCAUUUAGCGGAUUUAAAGUGUUGAACCAGCUUGUGAUUGAGAACGGCACGACGACAUUUGAUGAGAAGGCGUUCGACGGCGUACAGGUCCAGAAACCCACCUCCGCAGGCCACAAAAUACCCGUCAUGUCCGGCUCGCUGGUCAUUCGGGACAGCACUACGACAGGAAACAUCCUGCCUGCCGGAUUGUUGACAUCACAGACGGGUCUCGUGUCUCUGACCCUCGAGGGUAUGGACCUCAGCUCUCUGGACGACUCGCUCCUGACCAAGAACACUGCACUCCGCUUCCUAUCAUUGGGCCAUAACGCAUUUACGGAACUACCGACUGGACUCCUCGACAACCAGAACUCGCUGGCGGAACUGCAUCUCUACAAUACGCGCCUGGAGUGCACCUGCGAGAAGCUCUGGCUCUACAAGCACUUAGACACCACGCGCACCAAGGUUUUUGGUGACGUUAUCUGCUCCUCUCCUACCGACUGGACGGAAAAGAAGGCGGCGGUUUUCUACUACUCCGAAUGCGUUGAGGCUCCGGCGGUAUGCGGAAACGGCAUGAUUCUGCUGGGCGCAUGCGUGACCUGGCUUGAGCUGGGGCUGUCAAUCAUGUGCAUUGUGGCCUUCAUACUGUCAAUUGUGGUACUGGUUCUCACAAUCGUCACCAAGAAGGAGGCGGAGGAGGGCGCCGAAGGUAAGCGCCGGGGCGGCCGGAAGCCGACACAGCCGAGGCAAUCAGGGGCACAAGCACUCCCAAAGAAAUCCGGGCCAACCAAGGCCAAGGGCGCGUGGAAUUAAGUGAAAAUUGAAAAUAAUAUGUAUUUAGGAAAUCGGUUUGACUGAAAUUGUUCGUUUUUUUUUACUUUUAUACUCCUUUGAUUUUUGUUUUUUUGAUCUUAUUCAAUGAUUCUUUUGAUUACCUUUUACAAACAAUAAAUCGCAUUUUAAAACAAAUAUUUAUUAUUUUUUCAUGUGUGCGUUCGUUUUUUUUUAUAGUAAACAACUUAACACUUUACAUGCAGGCCUUGAAGAGAGAAAUUAUACCAUGAAAAUGAACUAGCCUAUGAAAAAUGAUUGUCAUGAUCGUAAUAGUAUUUCUAUCUGUUGCAAACAAAACAAGUGUUAUACACUGCUGAAUUUGUUUUUAUUAUGCCGACUUGUUCAAAGUAAUAAUCACAUUUUAUUUUAUGCUUUCCGGUGGUUUAUAGAGAAAUAUCAGUGAAUUAAAACUGAUAAUUUCACUGUUUCAAACAAUGAAAAUUAUCAGUGAAAAUUAUUGAUCAUUUUCACUGUUUAUGUUAAAUGACGUCAUUUUCCCAGCGAAAUUCUUUAGUUAAACUCAAUGUAUAUGAACUGUGAAAAAAGGAUUAAAUAAAAAGAAAAUUUGUUCGGUUCGGUGGAUUAUCGAUUUUAAUUCACUCGUGAUCAUAUAAAAUAUAUAUUUUCACUCGUGGCUGCGCCACUCUUGAAAAUAUUAUUUUCUAUGAUCACUCGUGAAUUAAAAUCGAUAAUACACCGAAUCCAACAAAUAUCCUCUAUACAUUUUCUGUAAUUCCUCUAUUAAUUACGGUUUUUGUUUGUAUUUAUACCGUUCUUCUGUCGACAGUGUUUUAACGUUAUAUCUUUUUGGAAGAGGUCUUUACGUAUACUGUUAAAUAAACGUUUGAUUUGUUUUCAUGCAACUACUCAUUUUAUUCUGAUCAAUUCUUACAGUUAUUAUGUCUUUAAGUUUCAUAAACGCUUCAUAUGUGGCCAAUUAGAUGUAGCCAAUCUCAUCUUUGUUUAAAAUUAUACCAACACUCAUGAGCCAUUUCUACAUGUCUAAGAUAAAUACAAUUCAGUGCAUUUAAUAAAAUGAUAAACGGACACAAACGUUACGACUCAAAUUGAAAAAUGUAUAAUAAAAUCAAACUGUGCACCCGUCCGAAA